GCCCACAUCAUGUCGUCAGCGAGUCAACCUGGAGCUCGUUGUAAUCAGGUACUGUGGGUGGAAUCUAGAAGAAUCCAACCAGCCUGCUGAUUCAUCGACACUGUCGCCAUGAUGCUUCCCAAAUAACAACACAAAUUCUACCCUGGAAUUUACUUGCUGUACUUUCUACAGAUGCCUUUUCACGGCUUGGGCUACCUCAACUGCAAUCCACCGGCCAUGCCCACACACAGCAACUCGAUCAACAGUCCUUUGAGCAGAUAACCGUUACCCCUCCACCCCACCUUACCCUCAGCGACGGCCGACGCGUCGAACAACGAGACCUACGAUACCUUACCCAAGAUUACUACCCUACUCUGACUUGGACGAGACUCCGCUACGCCAGUAUGGAGAACGAACAACCCGAGCUGAAGUGGUCUGCACCAUUUGCGGUCGUGCCUCCCAUCAAAUCUGCUUCGAGAGACUUGCGCGGUGACAAGAUCCUGCUUCCUCAAUCCGCCCUCGAACAACUGCUCGCAGCGUCCCCGAGACCACCCGCGCCCUCCAAUUCGACCUUCACUUCCUACGACCCCUUCAAUCCAUACGCGCGACAGCAGCACAGCCCCUAUCAUGAAACCUCCCAGCAACUGCCGAACCCUUUAAUGUUUCGCCUGGUCAACCAAAAGAACGGAAAUACUGUAUACGCUGGCAUCCGCGAGUUUUCGGCCGAGGAAGGGGAAAUUGCGCUGGGCCCAUAUCUCAUAGAUGCUUUAGGGCUACUCCCUACUGACUUUUCUGUCGAUUCCCUCCCAAAAGAGCCAUCCGAAUCGACAUCCGGCAUGGUUCUCGAUACUGAACCACGCUUGAUGGUCCACGCCAAGCAACUACCCAAGGGCACCUACGUCCGGCUGAGACCACUCGAAGCCGGCUAUGAUCCCGACGACUGGAAGUCACUUCUCGAACGCCAGCUGCGCGAAAGCUACACAACACUCACAAAGGAAACGGUCCUGUCUGUGCGCGGCGUCAAGGGCGAAGACUUCAAGUUCCUCGUCGAUAAAUUCUUACCAGAAGGUGACGGCAUUUGCGUGGUUGAUACGGAUCUGGAGGUGGACAUUGAGGCUUUGAACGAGGAGCAGGCUCGCGAGACUAUGCGCCAGAUUAUGGCCAAAGUCCAGCCUGGUGAUUCCAAUGGUAGCUCAAUCGGAGGUGAGAUUGACGUGUGGAAACCUGUCAACGGCCAGGUUUUGCAGGGGGAGUACAUCGACUACGAAUUACCCUCUUGGGAUCGGACUCGGCCCUUGACGAUUGAGCUUUCCAAACUCCCUCACCCUGAUCGUAUCGACCUGUUCGUCAGUCCGAGAUCAGCACGACAGCGAGCACGACCGCGAGAUUCCGAGUAUGUCUUUGGCAACUUCAAUCCUGCUGAAGACGGCAUCAAGUUCAUCACUAUACAACCCACGAAUGUCGAAAUGGAGACUGCUGAAGAGCUUCUCGUUUCAAUCUAUUGCUAUCCACUGAUAGGCAACGAUCAAGUCCCAGACCCAGCAUCCUUUCAACUCAGGGUAAGAGCUGAGGCGGGGGAAGCAUCAAAAGAUGUGCCUUUUGACUCGGGACGCGGGGACUCUAGGUCUCCAGACGAAGAGCAGUGUACGAAUUGUCUGCAGUGGAUUCCUCAGCGGACAAUGGUCUUGCAUCAAAACUUCUGUCUUCGAAAUAACGUUGCCUGCCCCAAGUGUAAACGUGUCUUCAAGAAAGCGUCGGAAGAGUGGGAAGCUCACUGGCACUGCGAGCAUGACGAUGCUUUUGGAGAUUCACCGGCGAGCAAGGCCAAACACGAUGCCGUGCGUCACACUGAACAGCAGUGUCUUGGUUGCGAAUACACUGCUUCAUCCUUGGUGGAAUUGGCGCUACAUCGCACCAGUGUCUGCCCUGGCAAACUCAUUCUUUGCCAGUUUUGUCACCUCGAGGUACCGCAAGAGGGGGAUCCGUUCAAUCCAUCGGCAGAAACAAUCUUGUCCGGCUUGACUUCGCAUGAGCUAGCAGACGGCGCGAGAACCACCGACUGCCACUUGUGUGGAAAGAUCGUACGGAUGCGAGAUAUGUCAGCCCAUAUGAAGCACCACGAGUUAGACAAAAUCUCUCGAAGAAAGCCCGACACUUGCCGCAACAUCAACUGUGGUCGCACCCUACAUGGCGUCGGAUCUGCUGGAGUUGUUGGUGCCGGAACAGCAAUGGGUCAGGGACCCGGUAACGAUCUGGGUCUCUGCUCGCUGUGCUUCGGCCCCCUCUACGUCAGCAUGCAUGACCCAGAGGGCAAAGCGCUCCGGCGACGUAUCGAGAGAAGAUAUCUCAGCCAGCUGAUGACCGGUUGUGGUAAGAAGUGGUGUGGAAACGAGUGGUGCAAGUCAGGGAGGAUAAACCUUGGACUUGAUGCAAAGGGUGGCAGCGCGCAGACCGCUCUUCCGCUCGUGAAGCCCCUCGUGCAAAGCAUUCCCGAGAUGAAAGAGCCCAUGCACUUUUGUGUCGAUGAGGCUUCACAACGACGGAGGAGAUUAGCGGAAUUACUCGCGAGUGAGGGUGUAUGGGACUUUGAGUGGUGCAUAGCGGCAUGCGAAGCCAGCUCGGGAGAUUUGGAUAAAGCGCGAGAAUGGCUGUCCAAUUGGGCGCCCACGAGAUGAUUGACAUGGCUUGCAGCAUUUUUGGGGGCACAUCGAGGCGUAUUCAAAGGCGUUAGCAGGUGUGGAGCAUGGCUGAUACCACAUAGAAUUGAAGAGGUAAAAGUGGGACUUGGCUAUUGGCGUUGAACAAGAUGGCAAUUUGGUUAUGAUUGUCUCCAAUUCAAUAUUUCAAUACGAUUGGCAACAG